AGUUCAACACACUUUGUUCAUACGACAAUUCAACAUCAACACAACCAAAGACUGCACAAUUUUUACGGGCACGUACUUGUAAAAUAUCAUCAGUAUUUCGUGAUUUGAUCACGCAGGUCAUGUUAAAAUCACGCAGUAUGUAACUGGCAGCAUCGUGCGCGGCAAUGGCAGAGGAUGUGGUACUAUUUUCCGUGUUGAAGUUGGCCGGAAAGCCUUUGGAUGUGACCCUCUCGAGCCGGACGAUUUCAUGGGUUGCCAGCGCCUCAUCCACGGCGGAGACCCGCGAGGUCCAUCACUACCACUUUGUAAAGAUGAGUAAGGUCAUCACAGCGGUGGUAGACAGCGAGAACGCAGGAGACAAAAACCCCGGCUCGGCCAAGCCAAGAAAACUCGACAACCAUGACGACUUGACAUUUACAGUACACUGCAUUCGAAGGAACAGCCAAGGCAAGUGGAGAGUGCGGGAACUGAAAUUUGAGUGUUCGGAUCAGGAGACAUGCCGGCGAUGGGUGGCUCAUAUCAAGGAAAGAAUUGUAAAACAAGGGAAUGUCAGGCCACAGAAUCUGUUGGUAUUCAUUAAUCCGUACGGUGGCAAGAAAGAGGCUGGCAGCAUCUACGAUACGCACACUGCACCGCUGUUCAGCCUGGCAGGCAUCAAAACGACCGUCAUCUAUACUGAGGCCAAGAACCACGCUCGGGAUGUCAUGCUGAAAAGAGACUUGACUGAAUUUGAUGGGGUUGUCUGCGUCGGGGGUGACGGAACCUUCGCGGAGGUCGUAAACGGUCUUCUUGUCCGUACUCAGCAAGAAGGCGGUGUUGACUACAACGACCCUGAUACGACCCCUCAGUGCCCCCUCAUGAGGAUUGGAGUCAUACCUGCAGGUUCAACUGACGUCAUAGUCUGUGACACUACAGGGGUUACUGACCCCGUGACCUCCACUUUGCAGAUUGUACUCGGUUGUUCGCUGGGCCUGGACAUAUGCUCAGUGCACAGUGGCCAUCAGUUACUACGCUACACUGUCUCCUUCAUGGGCUACGGUUUCCUUGGCGACGUCCUGAAAGACAGCGAGAGCCAUCGCUGGAUGGGGCCACACAGAUACGACUUCUCAGGUUUUAAAAAGUACUUUGGGAACAAGGCCUACGCAGGUGAGGUGACUUUCUUGACCAGUGGUGAUGAGGACCAUCAUCCGCAAGACAAGACCAAGUGCAGGGUCGGGUGUGCCGUUUGUCUUCGACGAUCAGAUUCCCAAACCAGCGAUGUGUUUGAGUGUCUCGAUAGCAGCACGGGUGGACCCGACUUACAGGAUGACAACAAAUCCCUAGUCAAGGAAAACAACGGGAGUUGGAAGAAAGUGACAGGCAGUUUCUGCGCAGUCAACGCCGCCCUGGUAAGCGGCUGCAACCGACUGGCUCCCAACGGUAUAGCGCCCUCAUCGCACCUCGGCAACGGAUGCCUCGACUUGCUGCUAGUCCACAAGUGCUCGCGGUUCAAUUUCCUCCGACACCUCAUUCGGCUUGGGAACUCAGGAAAUCAUUUCAACUUUGACUUUGUUGAAGUGCACCGCGUCAAGGAAUUCACAUUCAAGUCCUUGACGAGCCAGGACCUGAAAUCAGCCGGUAACCCGGCCGGAGAGUCCACCUCAAAUACAUCGCUGGUCAAACAGCGGCAAUCGAGGUACCAGGCAACGGGCGACAGCAACACCAGUACUUGGAACCUGGACGGGGAAGUUGGUGAUAUUCCUGACAUCAACGUUCACGUUCACUGCCAACUCAUCAAGAUUUUUGCCUACGGCCGAGAAGACGUGAAAUCCUUGAAUGCCUCCUGCUGCAUGUCCCGAAACCGGACCAAGAACAAGUCAGCCUGGAGAUGAAGACCAUUUUGCAGAUCUCAGGAGGUCACCUUGAUAAUUAACAGUUGAAGAUAUCAACUCUUUCUUGCACCAAAGCCUCGCCCCGGCACAAUCGCCAGCCAACUUUCAAUGUUGUCACAGUUAUGUGCUCUUAUCAGCACCUUAUUUAUUGUAGCCUUGGUCA